AUGUACUUCAACACCGCCAAAGCUCUCGCCGUUCUUGCAUUCACUGGCACCAUCGCAUCAGCAGCAGUCACACAACCAGACAACAUCGCCCGUCGCAGAGAUGAGAAAGACGCCAACGCCAUCAAAGACCACAAGGAUGACUACAACUAUGGUAAUGGUGUCGAUUCCAAGAAUGACAACAACCACGGCAAAUACGACAAGCAAGACAAGCUAUCUCACGAAGAGGCACUCAAGAAGCAUCGCGAGGAAGUUGAGAAGCAAAUCAAGCUGAACAAUGAGGCUGCUGAGAAGAACAAAGCGGAUGUCAAGAAGACAGACGAAUACUGGAAGUCUGACAAGAAAGAUGACAGCGAUGAAAUCAACUAUAAGAAGCACGAUGGUAAGCACGACAGUAACGACGAGAAACAAGAUAGCAAGUAUGUCAACAAGAAGUCCAGCCAUAUCAAGCACGAGGAUGAUCGUUAUGGUGGCAACGACAAGAAGCACAGCGGCGAUAAACACAGCGACAACAAAAAGGAAGAGGAUAACAAAUACCACAUGAAACAUGACGACCAAAUUUCAAGCGGUAAGAAGCAUAGCAACAACGACAUGAAGCAUGACGACAAGAUGGACAAAAAAGUGAAGCACGAAAAUAAUGAUAAGAAGCAUGAUAAUGAGGAUUUCAGCGGUAGCAAGAAGCACGAUGACAAUAAAUACAACGAAAAGACGUCUGGGAACAACAUUAAGAUUCAUGACAACGACAUGAAACACGACGAUGGCAAGUACGAUGAUAGAAAGUUAACUGAGAACAAUUACGGCAGUAACGACAAGACGCACGAUAGUGACGUUGAACACGGCAACAACGGCAAGAAUCAAGGUGACAAGAAGCAUUACAAUAAGCACAACGAAAACGACAAAAAGGCCGAGAACAAAAACGGCGAGAAGAACAACAACAAAUACGACGACGAAAAUAAUGAAAAGAAUUAA